CGAGUAAAAAAUUUACUUUAAAAAGUUUCGUUUCAGAGAAAUACAAAACAAAAGAAGAAAAAAGAAAAGUUUAUCGGUAAGAAAACUCUCCCUCCAUUUUGACCCUUCGCCUCUGAAAGACCGAAACCAGAAAGCUCUUUCCGUUCUCCGCAAAGACCUUUCUGGGUUUUCCGUCAACAAUAUCAAUGGCCUCCUCCGUCCACCACCUCCUCUUCCUCAUCAUCAACCUCCUCAUAAUCCCAACCACAUUAUUAUCCCAAUCCAUCAUCCAAAUGCCGCCGAAACGACACCGCAUCACGGACGAUAACCUCUACUGCGACAGCUGGCGAUUCUCCGUCGAGACCAACGACGCUGGAACCUGGACCAGCAUUCCGUCCCGGUGCGUCGCCUUCGUCCAGGACUACAUGACCGGCGACCGGUACCUGUCCGACUCGGCAGCCGUCGCGAAUUACUCGCUGAGCUUCGCUCGGGGGGUUCAAAUCGGAGGAGAUGGUAAGGACGCUUGGGUCUUCGACAUCGAUGAGACUCUGCUCUCCAAUUUUCCCUACUAUCAGGCGCAUGGAUUCGGAUCAGAGACCUUCGAUGAAGCAUCUUUUGAUGAGUGGGUGGAUUUGGCUAAGGCCCCUGCUCUCCCAGCUAGUUUGAAAUUAUACAAGGAGCUUCAGGAGUUGGGUUUCAAGAUUUUUCUGUUAACUGGGCGGAGUGAACAUCAGAGAAAUGCCACAGCGAAAAACCUUCUAUAUGCACGUUACAACAAUUGGGAGAGGCUGCUACUGAGAGGACCUUCUGAUCAAGGAACAACGGCCACUGUCUACAAAUCCGAGAAGAGAUCAGAUUUGAUAAACGAAGGUUAUCGAAUUCACGGGAGCUCGGGAGAUCAAUGGAGUGAUUUGUUGGGUUUUGCAGUGGCCCAACGAUCCUUUAAACUUCCAAAUCCAAUGUAUUACAUUGCCUAGCAAAAUUGUGUGCAACAUAAUCACGUUGUUGUAUUAUUUUUCCCCUUGUGUUCAAUGGCCGCCAUGAUAUUAAUAAUUGGUUGCCAAUGCCAUUAGUUCCUUUCGUUAAUUUCCA